UGGCGUAGCAGCCGACCGUCAAUGGCACCAAACAAAAAUGCUGGAACAGGAAGGCAAGACGAGAUGCUCAGUUUCGUGUUAGACGGAGAUAAUUACGACGAGCAGUUCCCCAUUUUCCCCUCUGUUGUUCAAAGAUUCGAGACUACAGCAUUGCCAACAAGAGAGGUCCGUGCCGCCGAUCCGCAGCUGUUCUUAGUAGCUUCGAAAUAUUACAACCCAAAAGCUCGGGACGGAGAAACAGGUUUUCGCAGUGACGAUUACAGUUCUGAUGCCACGUCAUUCAACAAACAAUAUCCACAAUUGAACAACGCCCAGCGUCAGGUGUUUCUGCAAAAUUUGUGGACAGUCACAAGGAAAACAACCGUCUUUGAAAUUGCUAUAUCCACAUCGACGCCGGCAUGUUCAACAACUGGUACAAUCCCGCAAUGUCCACCGGAAAAUCCCCUUCGGAGGUGCUGGGAAUGAUGAAUUGUAUUUAAUAUUUAACUGGUUAUCAACUGUUUCG